UUGUCCGUGUCUUUCACAGAGCAGGACUUUCUCUCUUAUUUUCCGAUAUGCAUGCAUGCAUGUAGAUAUACCUAGUCGCAACGAAACACCCAUUUACUCGCAGCUAUUCAAUGUUUCACGGCCAGUGUUAUUAUUCGAUCUAGUUAAUUUCGUUUUUUUCAAAUUUUUUUCGUGUUUCCGCUUGUUUGUUUGUACAGUUAUUAUCGACAAUGUUACACGAAUUCGAAACGAAAAUAAUGAAACCUGUUGCACGAUUUGUUUCCAUUUUCUCCUGUCUGUUUGGUCCUCUACGAAUUUUCGUGUCGGGUUUCACGUUGAAAGGCAGUGUUUUCAAAGAAACGAGAUAAAGACUUGCGUUGCUAUUGCGUCAAUGUUCUUAUGGUGAUUUACACCAUAGUCGUGUUAAAAGCAUACUUUUGAUCGUCAAGUAUUAAUAUUAUUUUAAUAUCAGUGUUAAUGUUAAAGAAUAAGUGAGUUGCUUCAAAUCCGAAUGAAAUUUUAUUUAUUUACAAGUUCGAUCGUUACGCACUGAAAAGGAUGUUGGAAAUGAGCAAAGGAGCAAUCUGAUGGAUGAGGACGAAGUUGUUUACGACGGGAGGACACAGUUGCUCCACGUUCCUCCGCCGCAGGAAAUCGAACACUCCACGAACGCCGCGUCCACCACGAUGAGAGUGAACAUCGAGGGUAUGAGAUGUCAGAGUUGCGUGAAGAACAUCGAAGGGACCAUAGGCAGCCGGCCGGACGUUUUAAGCGUCAAAGUGAACCUGCAGGAAAAGCUCGGUUACAUCGAGUACAAAGCGGGCGAAGUUACGCCCGGCGAACUGAUCGAAGCAAUAGAAGACAUGGGCUUCACCGCUUCGUUACGCAGCGCCGACGAGAGUGGCUCCGUCGAGAGGCACCGUGACGGUCGUUCGUUGCAAUCGGCCGUCAGUACUUGCACGAUACACAUCGAUGGAAUGACCUGUAUGUCUUGCGUGAAAACCAUUACCGAAACGUUGUCGGAGAAAACGGGGAUAAAACAGGCGAACGUUAGCUUGGAGAACAAGGAAGCGACCGUUUCUUACAGCGAUAAGGAACUAACGGCCGAGCAGAUAUCGGGCUUCGUCGAGGAAAUGGGUUUCAGCUCGUUCGUUAAAGAGGUGAACGGUAAGGUCCCGGAUGGAAAAACGCCGACGAAUAACGCUUCUGCACAGCUUUCCGCGGAGCUGUCUCUGCCAAUGAACGGGGGCGGUGAUGUGAAGGGGCCUCGUGAUCAAAAGGCAAAAUGCCUUCUACACAUAACGGGGAUGACCUGUGCUUCCUGUGUUGUUGCCAUAGAGAAACACUGUAAAAAAUUGUACGGUGUGAAUGGUAUCUUGGUCGCGUUAAUGGCGGCCAAAGCAGAAGUCACGUUCAACCCGGAGAAGAUAAGGGCGGUUGACAUUGCGUCCAGCAUAUCCGAAUUAGGCUUCCCUACUACGUUGAUCGAGGAGCCGGGGACCGGCGAAGGAGAAAUUGAAUUGAAAAUCACAGGUAUGACGUGCGCGUCGUGCGUGAAUAAAAUAGAAUCGACCGUGAAGAAAUUGCCAGGUGUCCAUUUGGCCGCAGUUGCGUUAGCAACUCAGCGCGGCAAGUUCAAAUACGAUGUGGAAAAAAUUGGCAUCAGGGACAUUAUUGAUUGCAUCAAUAAGCUAGGUUUCACUGCGGUGUUAUUCAGUAAUAAAGAUAAGGAAAACAGAGACUACUUGGAUCAAAGGGAAGAGAUAAACAAGUGGAGGACGGCGUUUCUGGUAUCCUUGAUCUUCGGUAUACCAUGUAUGCUAGCUAUGACGUAUUUUAUGGUGAUCAUGUCUUUUGGUGAAAAAACGCACGAAGACAUGUGUUGCGUGGUACCUGGUCUUUCCUGGGAGAAUCUAAUUCUUUUCAUAUUUUCCACGCCGGUCCAGUUUUUUGGCGGCUGGCAUUUUUACGUUCAAGCGUACAAAGCUUUGAAACAUGGUACAACGAAUAUGGACGUCUUGAUUUCCAUGACUACCACCAUAUCUUACUUGUACUCAGUCGCCGUACUUACAGCAGCCAUGAUAAUGGAGGCACACGUCAGCCCUCAGACGUUUUUUGAUACUCCUCCAAUGUUGUUAGUGUUCAUUAGUUUAGGAAGAUGGUUGGAACACGUUGCAAAGGGCAAAACUUCGGAAGCUUUGUCAAAGUUGUUGUCGUUGAAAGCAACGGACGCGGUCCUGAUCACGUUGGGCCCGAACAAUGAAAUAUUAUCGGAACGUUUGAUCAGCAUAGACUUGGUACAACGCGGUGACAUCCUAAAAGUGGUGCAAGGUGCCAAAGUUCCCGUCGACGGUCGAGUUUUGUCGGGUAACUCCACCUGCGACGAGAGUCUGAUCACCGGCGAGAGCAUGCCGGUACCGAAGAAGAAAGGAUCGAUCGUAAUAGGCGGCUCGAUAAAUCAGAACGGCCCCCUUUUGAUCACUGCCACGCAUACGGGGGAGCACACAACGUUAGCACAAAUUGUACGAUUAGUGGAGGAGGCGCAGACGAACAAAGCUCCUAUUCAACACUUAGCCGACAAGAUAGCAGGUUACUUCAUCCCUCUUGUUAUAGCCGUCUCUAUAGUGACUCUGCUCGUUUGGAUAAUCGUGGGAUACGUGAAUAUAAACAGUUUGCCAAUCUCGCACAACGAUCAGAUCAAUAAGCACGGGAUGAACAGAGAAGAGAUUAUAUUCCAAUACGCUUUCCGAAGCGCGCUUUGCGUGCUAGCGAUCGCUUGUCCAUGUGCGUUGGGACUGGCGACGCCGACUGCCGUUAUGGUCGGUACUGGAGUCGGCGCGCUGAACGGUAUCUUGAUAAAGGGCGCCGAGCCGUUGGAAAAUGCGCACAAAGUGAAAUGCAUCGUGUUUGACAAGACCGGGACGAUAACGCACGGCGUGCCAAUGGUGACAAAAAUAAAUCUCUUCGUGAACGAAACGGUUUGCUCGCUGGCAAAGUUCUUGGUCAUUAUUUGCACGGCUGAAACGAAUAGCGAGCAUCCGAUCGCAUCAGCGAUUGUUCGGUACGUGAAGGAGACAAUAGGCUCCGAAGCAACUGGCCAGUGUGUGAAUUUUCAAGCAGUCGCCGGCUGUGGACUGAAAUGCAAAGUGUUGCACAUCUCGACCACGUUGGCAGAAGCGUUGAAGUCUGAGAAAAUUCUGAACUACGUGAACGAGGUGAAGGGAUUGCCAUCAUCCGGGACGCAUGUUUUGAACAGCGUGUCGAUUGAUAUUACGCCGGUUGCGAACACCGGUCAGGAGAGACAAAACUUGGAGUUGUUGCUAAGUCCGGAUUCUCAUGGUGAUCAAACCAGCCCCGACGAUGUGUAUGAAAUUUGCAUCGGCAACAGAGAGUGGAUGCGAAGGAACGCCAUAAAUAUACCGCAAGAAGUGGAGGCGAAAAUGACUGCCGAGGAAGAUUUAGGGAACACUGCUGUUUUAGCUGCGGUGAAUAACGUACUGGUGGCUAUGAUCAGCGUAGCCGACACGGUUAAACCGGAAGCCCAUCUGGCGAUUUAUACUUUGAAAAAGAUGGGUUUAGAAGUGAUACUUUUGACAGGGGAUAAUAGAAAGACUGCAGUUUCCAUUGCCAGACAAGUUGGUAUUACUAGAGUAUUUGCAGAAGUGUUACCAUCGCACAAAGUUGCAAAAAUCCAGCGUUUGCAGGAUCAGGGCUUGAGAGUUGCGAUGGUGGGAGAUGGUGUCAAUGAUAGUCCUGCUCUUGCGCAGUCGGACGUUGGAAUUGCGAUAUCUUCCGGUACGGAUGUUGCUGUUGAAGCUGCCGACGUUGUCCUCAUGCGAAACGAUCUUCUAGAUGUUAUCGCGUGUCUGGAUUUAUCGAGGAAAACAGUUCUUCGAAUAAGGCUGAACUUCUUAUUUGCUAGCAUCUAUAAUUUAUUGGGCAUUCCUAUUGCUGCGGGAAUAUUUAGCUCUUUUGGGUUCUUCCUUCAACCUUGGAUGUCGUCGGCGGCGAUGGCGUUGAGCUCGGCAUCUGUUGUUGGUAGUUCUUUGUUAUUGAAAUUGUAUCGUAAACCGACGAAGGCUACUUUAGAAACGCCAGAAUACUUAUCAGCGAUGCACGCUCGUUCUACCGCAACAAUGAUUGACUUAGACACGAUAUCACUUCAUCGUGGUUUAGAUGAUUCUGUAAUACCUAUUAUGCAUAGAUCAACAUCGACAUUGUCCAGGCUAUUUAGGCGAUCUAAGGACGAUGUAGAAGGUCGACUUCUAAGUGAAGAUAUCGAUGAAAUUGAUUUGGUAACAGAUUUUUCUGAUUAUCGAAAAAAUAUAAAGGACCAUACAAACAUAACACCUUUAUGACUUUUGUACUGAUUGACUAUGCCAGCACACAGUGGGAUAAAUGCAUUUGUUUGUGACAGAAUAUCAUCAGACAUCAUUGUUGAAUUUAUACUGUAAGCAUUAAAGUCUGCUUGAAUAUUACUGAUAUCCUUAUUGGAAAUGUGUGGUAAGUUUUUGUUAUUCAUCAUAGGACAUAUAUCUGUAUGAAAGUUCAAAUUACUUUGUCCUUCUAAAUGAUCUUUUAUCAGUGGCAAUUGUUGAGAAGCAACAGAAUUUUUCAUAUCAAAGUUUGAUUCCAAAUUAUUGAUCUGAGGAGUGCAAAUGGAUUGUGCAUUUUGUAAUGAAUGAUAAUUAUUAUUGUUGUUAAUAGAAGUGAUGUUACUGCAUCUAUUCAAAUAGCAGUCAUUGUAAAAAUUUGAAUUCAAUGAGAGAUUGUUAUGCAUUGAAUGGUGUAUAUUAUUAUGUUGCAAAUUUUCGCUGUUAGUCAAAUUUUCAUAUUGUGUAUUAGAUAUGUUAUAAAGUAAAUCUUUAUUCACAUGACUGCAGUUUUGAUAUUCUUCAGAGAUAUCUUGUGAAUUUACCAAAUUGUAUGAAAAACGUGUCUCUUCCAUGUCAGAAAAUUUCUUUGAAUCUAGUUUUGAUUGAGCAAAAUGUUCUAUGUCAUUCAAUAUAUUUAAGUCAUUAUGUUCAAUAUUAUGGUUCAUAUACAAAUGAUUGUAAUUAUUAUUGUUUGAAAAAGUUUGAUCGUUGUAAAGAUAUUUAUUUUGUUUUCUACCAUUCAUAUUAUUUACAGGAGGAAUCUCUGCAUAUUUCAGUACAUCUUGUUUUGGAAUAUCUUCUACAUGUUGAUUUUCAUUAUAAUAUGAAUUUUCAAUUGUCUCUCCAUCAUUUUUAGAUUUUAUUUUUUGCGUGUCAGGCAAUUGGUCAUAAAAGCAGGGCUUUUUAUCAAACAUAUUCUGUGUAUCAACGAAAAAGCUUGUAAACGAUGGUAAAUCCUUGUUUGUUCUAUAAUGCCCGUCUGAUUUAUAUUUUGCAAAUAAAAUAUAUAAUUCAUCUUGUGUAA